AUGUCACAUCAGUUGUGUCAGAAUUGUGGUUCGAAUCAAUUCGAACAUAUUGAUGGACGACUCUACUGUAUGAUCUGUCAAUCACAAAAUAUCGCGCUUCAAAUACAUGUUUCCUUUGCGAAUGAAGGUAAUGCUCAGUUAGGUCGACGCGUACGUGAUCAAACAAUAGGUACAUCGAUGCUCGAUGAAACACUUCCAAAAAUUGAAAUCUUCGAAGCAAAUGAAACAAUUUUACCAUCGACUAAUCAAACAGAUGAAACUAUUUCACGUUUGAAUGAACUAUCAGUUGACGACAAUGAACAGUUACUGAUGGAACAGCAUGUUUGGAGCACUUACGAAGUUUACAGUUAUAUAUUAAACCUUCAAGUUCAAUCUAUUAUUCAAUUAAGUUGCUUGAAACACGAGAAACAUAAGGACUUUCAAGAAUGUGCAUUUAUGCUCUAUUUGCGAUAUUUAUCGUCAAAUGGGAUUCUUGAAACUAAUCAACAGCGAGCACUAAUCAAACAGGAAGAGAGAAGAUUAAAAACUAAUCUACUUUCGAAACUUGUCUACUCAGAACGAUAUGAUCACUUAGCAAAAACGAACACACAUGUGAUCAAAAAGAAUCUAUGUGUAAUCAACUUAGAUAUUCUUGUCGGUUUGAUCCAUUGUGCAUCAACGUUAAUCAAUUGUCCAAUAACCAUCAAACAGUUGAUUGAAUGGAUCAAUACGAAUAAACUUCCGUAUUAUAAUAUAAAAACCUAUUUACCAAACUGGAUGCGAGCGACAGGACGUGAUCGAUUCAAUCUGGAAAAAUGCAAUAUUCACGCAGGAAAUCUAGUCUUUUAUUACAAUGAUUAUAUCCAACCAAUGAUUAAACCGUACAUAUCUCGGUGCAUAUUUCAAUCAGCUGCAUAUCUCCAUACGAUUCUUCUUCAUUUCUGUGAACUGAUUUGUCAACAGGUUUAUUUCCCUUUUGAUGAUGAUACUCGAACAUAUUUUCAAUCGAUGUGUACAAUCAUCACUCAAACCAAAUCAACUGGUCGACGUUUCUUAUGCACAACACUAGACUUCGAAUGGAGCGCACUUACAAUGAUUAUCAUUCUGAUUCUACUUCAAUCGAUAUACGAUGAAUUAUUCGAUGAAUUUAUUCAAAAUCUAUCAAAUAAACACCUAUUUUCUUAUUCAUUAUGGUUGCAGAAUUUGAAUCGAUUGAUUUAUUUAGAAUCAAUUCGAAACUAUCAAUUCUACGGACGAACAUCGGUCCUAUUAGAAUCGAUUACGGACAAUCAUUCCAAACUAAGAUAUAUGAAAAGUUUAUCGAAGAUAUUCACUCGAAACAUCCAAGUGACAAAUGACACAACUUUGGAAGAAGUCCAAGAAGAAGAAAACCAGAUCCGAAAGCUUCUAAUUAACAAUUCGAAACCAAGUUCAUUGGUCUAUGCAAUGAAAACCAAAGAAUUCUUUCUGAAACAUUAUCCGCAUAUAUCUUCGCGUUCUCUAUCAUUAUUUUUCGAAACAAUCAUCAAUACAUAUUCACCAACGCAUUUCUCUUUGGUGGAUAAAAGUGAAUUGUAUGAAACGAUUCUGGCGAACGUGCACGGGGCAACCAUCACGCAAAUAGAAUAUUUUUAUCUACUCCAUCAACGCUUUGACAUCGCAUCGUCAUCGAACUUCCAUUUGAAUAACCUUAUUAUGACCUUAACUAAAUACUCUUCGAUCCCAUACAAUCAAGAAUUCUUUUCAUUUUUCUCCAUAUUUUUGAAAACGUUUUGUUUUCAGGAUCAACAUCUUCAUCAUUAUUUCUAUCGAUCCACAUCGUCAAAACGUUUCAAUAGAGAAAACCUCUCCGACCAGAUCGGAAUGAAACAAUAUGGCAUUGAUCAAUUACCUAUUAUAUAUGAUAUUAAAUCUGAACAAGAACGAUCAACAAUAAAAGAGAAAGAAUGA